UACUGUUCCAUCCCUUCAACCUGCGCUGCUGACUGCACACAUACCCACAGUACUGACGCGGCCCUCCCGGUCAGAAAUUGCUGUGAUUUCAGGCGCAAAAAGCUCAAAACAACUGUAUUGAGCAGUAUACAAGGGUUGAAUAACCACGGUGUCAUCAUCUGUUAAACGAGAGCGAGCACACGCCGUACACAGGGGUGCAGAUGUAAGGGAAUAUACCUGCAGACUACAGCUGCCACACUGAUGACAGAGCAAGAGGGAAGUCAGUUAGCCAGCUAACCACCCAGAGCUAAACUCGACUAUCAGGCAGGUAAAUGUACGGAGAUCUGGACGGCUCAACAACAACGUGCAACUCAAGCAUCUGAACGGAGCCGGCCGUCCACUACAGAGAGUAUUUCGCAGACUGCACAGCUAUGAGGAGGGUGACAUUGCGCUGUGCUGCCCGGCUCGUAUUCGCAGCUUUGUGGCUGUUGGUGGAAGUGUGUCGGGCUGAGAGCGGGGCGCCGAGUCUGGCAGAACGAGUCAUCUGGGCUGUAAACGCCGGCGGGGACGCGCACACAGACGUGCACGGCAUUCAUUUCAAAAAAGAUCCACUGGAAGGAAGAGUGGGGAAAGCAUCAGACUAUGGUGUCCGUCUGCCUAUCCUGCGCUCCAGCCCGGAGGAUCAGAUUCUCUACCAGACAGAGCGAUACAACGAGGAUACUUUCGGUUAUGAAGUACCCAUCAGAGAAGAAGGAGACUACAUACUGGUCAUGAAAUAUGCGGAGGUUUACUUUGCUCAGUCUCAGCAAAAGGUUUUUGAUGUGCGUUUAAAUGGCCAUGUUGUGGUGAAGGAUCUGGAUAUCUUUGACCGUGUGGGUCACAGCACGGCUCAUGAUGAAAUAGUGCCAUUCUCGAUAAAAAGAGGAAAACUGAGUGUGCACGGUGAAGUUUCCACUUUUAAUGGGAAACUCACGGUAGAGUUUGUUAAGGGUUACUAUGACAACCCAAAGAUAUGUGCACUAUAUGUGAUGAAGGGCAAGCUAGAGGAUGUGCCAAAACUGCAGCCACAUCCUGGACUGGAAAAGAGAGAGGAAGAGGAGGAGGAAGAAGAGGAGGGGGAGGGUGCAGAAGGCGAAAAGAAGAGCGCCUCCACCUCUCCCAAGAAUCCGGUUCGGUCCGGGCCACGCACCCCCAACCCAUACGCCACUGACAACAGCAGCCUGAUGUUUCCUAUACUCGUGGCAUUCGGGGUCUUCAUCCCAACCCUCUUCUGCCUCUGCCGCCUUUGAGGGGAACAAGUGAACGCGAGGGAGAGAGAGGAGAAAGGACGGACAUCAGGCUGUGAAGGGGUGGGGGGAGGGGCGCAACGAGGGACGCACAGCCGUGGGGACAGGCAGAAAUAUAGACUGACAUCACAACAGAUAGAGAAAGCAAAAAACAGGCGAGGGACAGAUAUUGCUGGUUUUUGAAAGAGGUGACCCGGAGAAUACGUGGAUUUUGAAUGCAAGUUCAUUUUUGUGUGUGUUUGUGCUUGUGUUUUGUACACACUUAAUACCAAUUUUAGUUCGAGGAGAUCCGAGAGGUACCGAUUAAAUGCACACACACAUCUGCGGCAGGACUAACCACUUUACAAACCUGGUUUGUCUGGUCUAGCAGGAGACACUGAGGAAAAGUUGAGGACACUCCUAGAUCACGUGUCCCAACUAAUGGAAAGUUAUUGGCUAGGAGCUUCUUCUAAUCAGCUGUGGCGUUGAUCUGCUGAAUUUUUUUUUUUUUUUUUUUUUUUUUUUUGGUGGGGGUGGUCUCUGGUGGGAGGCAGAAAUGGUACAAGAAUUUUCAGAACCCUUUUUGACACUUCAUUUAGUUAAUGCAUCUAAACCUCAGUGGCGAAUCAUAAAGCGUUUUUGUUUUAUUAAGUGAUUUGAGACCUUGGUUUCUACUUACCUCACUUUUUAUUUCCCUCACACUCAUACAAGCUUCUCUCAUUCAUUUCCUGCAGCUUCUGUCAUUGUUUGUAUGAUUUAAAAAGCAUAUAUAUCCCAUUCCUCAAUAUCAUAUUUUCAGACAACGCCAACACGUAUUUGAAUCUCCAGCUGCACAAAGGAGAUCUAAAUGAUUAUUUUUUCCCAUUUACGGGGACAUUUUGGUCUCUGAAUAUCUGCAUGCGUUCUGUAUUAAAUAAAAAACAUUAUGAUUUUGUAUUGAAAGAUAGUGUAAUUGUUUCCCUUUCUAGGUGGGAACUUGAGUUCAUAACAAAGAGGGUCUUUAAUACACUGGCCUUUGAUAACUUUAAGAUUGUAUUAGACUAAAGUGUCAAAUACCCUUAAUUUCUCCACUCUCAUUGGUACAUGAUGUGUGUGGGAUAGCAUUUUAUUGGUUAAUUUAAUUAAUGGCAUCUUAAUUAACAUUGCAAGGGCUCGGUCACCUAUUACACGGUGCGUCGAAGAAAGAUAGAUGCUCAGUCAGGAUGCUUUUUGUCACGGUUUCAUCCAUACAGGCCGUUUUUAACAAUACCGCCAAAGAUUCUUGGAUUAGCGUUACACAAAACCGCCAGAAUGCUUGUGGUGGAAGAAUUCAACAGAUACAUGCCUGCCAUACACUGUGAAGUAUGGAUGCAGAAGCUGGAAUUUUGUACUCAAGAUGGCAAAGUUCAGUGCUGUCAUUUAGCUUAUGUUGAGUGAACAUUUGCAUUCCAUCUCAUCCAUCGUUCUUUUUCUCAGCAUGUUCUGGUAUACUUUUUUCACGUCUUGCUAUUUUAGUCUCUUUUUUUUUUCCUUGGCUGCAUCUUGUUUCUUUUUCCCUUAAUUUGUUUUCUCAUAAUGUUACUUUCUGUUCCGCUCAAGCAAGCUUGCCUUAAAAUGUGAUUUAGUGUGCUAUCAAGAGACCAACUCUCACACUGCUGAAACAUCAGACCACGAUCGAGCGCUCAUGCCACUGUGCUGUCUGACGUGCGAGCGCCACCUGUCAGUUUGACCCCGUCUCUUGUGUGAACUUCUUAUAACUUAUCUUGGCCUUCACCUUCUCAGAAGGAGUUGGAUGAGAGGGCAGGUUUUGCCUUGGGUUGUUGUUGUUGUUUUUUAAAAAAAAUAGGAAACAAUCAUAAAAACAUUGAGGCAACUUUUUCAUUUAUCGGAGUUGCACAAAGUUGAUUAUCGUCGCCAAAGUCGUUUUCUUUUCUUAAAAACUUUUACACGGUGCAUGUGUAUAUAAGGUACUUGGUUUGUUGUGCCAUACGGUUCUUUUUCUCUUCAGAAUAUAGUUUUUUUUUUUUUUUUCAUGUAAUUACUAUUGGGGUGUCUGGGUUUUUAAAUAUCUGGCCUAGUGGAGGAAUGGCCUUAAAUAGUUUGGUUGUGGAUGUGGUCUAGAUAAUGACAGUGAUUUGCAACCACAUAGACACACUGACUGAUCGUCAGAAAGAGCUUGGAUCGUAUUGAGGUUAGUUAAUUUACAGUUGGGGUUUAUGUUGUAUAAUUUAAGCAAAAGGAAAUGGGUUGAAUAUUAAAAAUAUUGAAAGACUUUAUUUUCCAGGAAGUAAGUAGUUGAUUUUUAUUUCCUCAGGAUCUUUUGAAUUUUUUAUUUUUUAUGAUGAAUCUUUUACUAGUGUGAAAUAUUGCACUGCCUGGUGUUGUUUUAAAAGCAUUUUUUGUUUGUUUGUUUGUUUGUGUGAUUGUUUUUUUUUUCCUUUUUGUUAUGCAUUGUGUACUUUUGAUUCCUUGUUGCCUUAAAUUUGAAUACAUCCUCAUGUGCUUUA